UAAUAUUACCAACCUUUUUACAUCUAAUAAAACUCAUUACUAACAUUUAUCCCCACUAAAUAAUUAAAGUAAAGAAAUUAAAACUUAACCCCACCCAAAAUUAAAGUAUAGCAUUGGUACUGUGAUACGUAAACCCAUCAAAUGAAAAAACUCAUUCCACUUUCUCUCUCUUUGUUAUGUUUCCAGUUUCCCUCAUUGUUUAUGUCGCCCCAAUUGUUCUUCAUGAAGAACCCUAGGUCUAUGUAAAUCCACUCAAUUUCUACAUUUCAUUCUUCAGCAAAUUCUUACCCACUCAAUUUCUUUGUAAAAUUGCAUCAAUAAUUUGCAAUUUCAAUAUGGUUCUUUCAGAUGAAAGUGACGAUGGAUCGAAGCCCCGUGGAAAUUUUGGUCCAUUCAAGAGAAAAUUUGUGCUUGUCGGAGUAGGAUACCCCGUCUACUCUCGUAAAUGGGUGCUUGUCGGACCCCCCUUCAGCGAAGAAGAUGAAGAAGAUGAAGAAGAUGAGCCGAUCGAAGCUAACGAAAAUGAGCAUGAGUCUGAGGAUGAGGAUGAAGAUUCUGAUGAUAGCUUCGUGAAGGAAUUGUACGAAGCUCAAUACGGUCCUGGUGCACCGGGUAGAUCUGAGUUCAUAAAGGCCAGUAAAGGUUCAUCUUUAACAAAACGACUUCGUGUGACAGAUCCCGUAGAAUCAACAAAAAGCCCAGUAAAAGUUCCUCUUGCUUCUGUUUCUACGAGCCCAAAAAAAGCAUCAACCUCAGAAUUUUUCCAAAAAGAUGGUGAUAAUUGUGCUCAACCACCAAGUUCCCCAAAAAAUUAAUUAUUUUUGAAUCGUCUGAAAAACAUACCUCUUCUUCUGGAUCGAAGUCUUGAUACUCUUGAUACUCUCGAAAUUCUGCGUCUUCCCACAGUUGUGACUGCUCAAGCUCGUAAAGUUCUUCCGGGCUGAAAUCUGCCUCCAUAUUUUUUCCCUCUUAAAUGAUUGUUAAUGAUUGGAAUUUAAUGUGCAUUGUGUGAUGUGAAUAUGAAGCUAAUUUUGGAGCUAAGUGACUAACCCAUAAUUAACUGAAGAAGAUGCAGUGAAGUGAAGAGAAGAUGAUGCUGAAAUUCCUGUCCAAAAAAAAGAAGAUGCUGAAAUUGGGUGCUCAAGUGUAAUAAAUGUAUUGAAUUUAUAGCAGACCAAUUUUCCUGCUCAAAUUAAUGGCGGGCCUUUUGAAUUAUUGGCAUGAAAUUACUCUAGAUACUUUGAUUUCACAUUUUGGAGGGAGUGUAAAAUAUUUCGGCUACUUUUUGGAGGGAGUAGAAUAUUUCAUUCUCUCUCCUCUUUUUUUCAAUUACUCUCUGCGUGCUGAAAUGAAGUGGUGGGGACCAAAAUAUUGCAAUUACUCUCUGCCUGCAAAUGUAAGUGGUGGGGACAAACCCCACUUGUCUUAAAUCAACAUUUAUACUUAAUUAUAUGGGUAUAUUUGUCAUUUUAUCA